AUGCAAGACCAGACUAAUUUGGAGUCACUUGCGGACGCCGCCGCGACUAUACCAAACGCGAUGUACGUCGCCUCCAAAGGAGAUGCUACCCCUUCUCACAAACUCGAUAUGGGAGACCACAUUGUGAUGUGGCCAGAGCAAAAGGAUGAGCCUUACUCAGAUCCAUACUACAAACCCCAGGAGACUGAUGCAGAUGAAAAUGAUGAGGAAAAAAGCUUAAACCUCAAAGAGCGUAUCACUGACAAGUGGAACAAGGCAAAAUCCAGCAAGGUUUUUUGGGUCCUCCUGGGCUGUGGAAUCCUGGUGAUUGUGUCAGUCGUCAUUGCUGUAGUCCUGCCAUCUUUCAUCCAACCUGGAAGUAAGAAGGCGCAAGAUGCUCUGAAACAGGACAGUUUGUUCGGUUUGAAGCCGACGAAUUCCAGCGCCUGGGCGUCAACAAUUUUCUACAAGGAAACCACUUCGUUUCUUGUCAACACGAAGAAGUCUGCUACUCCAUGGAUGGCAACGUUCAUGGAAGAACAAAUCACUACUGAUUCUUACUCGCCUUCGUUCGCUUCUUCUUUGAGAGGGGAGUCAACUGAGCCAUCUACAAAAGCCAACGAUUCACCUGGAAUCAAACCAAUGACCACACCUCUAUCAACAACAGACAUCAAUGAGUGUAUCAGAAAACCAUGCCAACGUGGACGUUGUGUGAACAAAGAUGGCGGAUACAAAUGUACCUGCUCACCUGGAUGGACUGGUCAGAACUACAUCAAUGAGUGCACCAGAAACCCAUGCAAACAUGGAACCUGUGUGAACCAAGAUGGCGGAUACAAAUGUACCUGCCCACCUGGAUGGACUGGAAAGAACUGUCAGUUAGACAUCAAUGAAUGCAUCAGAAAACCAUGCCAACAUGGAAGCUGUUUCAACAAAGAUGGUGGAUACAAAUGUACCUGCUCACCUGGAUGGACUGGACAGAACUGUCAGCAAGACAUCAAUGAAUGCAUCAGAAAACCAUGCCAACACGGAAGCUGUUUCAACAAAGAUGGUGGAUACAAAUGUACCUGCUCACCUGGAUGGACUGGACAGAACUGUCAGCAAGACAUCGAUGAUUGCAACAGAAACCCAUGCAAACAUGGACGCUGUGUGAACAACAAAGGUGGAUACAAAUGUACCUGCUCACCUGGAUGGACUGGACAGAACUGUCAGGAAGACAUCAAUGAGUGCACCAGAAACCCAUGCCAACAUGGAACCUGUGUGAACCAAGAUGGCGGAUACAAAUGUACCUGCCCACCUGGAUGGACUGGACAGAACUGCCGGCAAGACAUCAAUGAGUGCACCAGAAACCCAUGCAAACAUGGAACCUGUGUGAACAAAGAUGGUGGAUACAAGUGUACCUGCUUACCUGGAUGGACUGGACAGAACUGCCAGCAAGACGUCGAUGAGUGUACCGACAAGCCAUGCCAACAUGGAACCUGUGUGAACCAAGAUGGCUGGUACGAAUGUACCUGCUCAACCGGUUGGUUUGGACAGAACUGUCAGCGAGGUGAGUUUGCUGAAGUCCUUAAGAUUUAA